UUAUCACCUGGUCCGAGGGAUGCUGGUGCCGAAACAGCGACGCGAGCGUGAAGAGCGACGGUGCGUCCACACCCAUCCCGUGCUCUCAGAAAGGAGACCCACAUUAUUAACCGCAUAGCCCAGUAUCACUACAUGCCUGUCGGCGUUUAAUCGCCGUAAUUUAAUUGUCAGCUGCAGCGUUCAUAUCGUCGAAAUAUUAUUACGUGCUGCACACCCGAAGGGACAGUGGGGAUCGACUGAAUCAUCUUCUGCAGGGAGAGACAUCAUCAAUGUACAGUCCACACGCCCGGCCAUUGGUGUGCAGUUGAAUGAGGGUUUAUUUACCGUAUAUCGGACUGUGAAGAAUAUCUAGUCUUACCAUGAGCACAGCGUUUCACCAGCAGGCCGUCCACAGCCCCCUGGAGCAGAGGAAACAGGGGGGCGGCGUGGUUCCCUGCCAGAACUGUGGCAAGGCCUGCAAAGGGGAGGUGCUGCGGGUUCAGAACAAACACUUCCACAUCAAGUGCUUCGUCUGCAAAGUGUGUGGGUCAGACCUGGCCCAGGGGGGGUUCUUUGUGCGCCAGGGGGAGUACAUUUGUACCCGGGACUACCAGAGGAUGUAUGGCACGCGCUGCUUCAGCUGUGAGGAGUUCAUUGAGGGAGAGGUGGUGUCGGCCCUGGGCAAGACCUACCACCCACGCUGCUUCGUCUGCGCCACUUGCAAGCAGCCAUUCCCAGCUGGUGACCGCGUGACCUUUAACGGUAAAGAUUGCAUCUGCCAGAACUGUACACAGCCCCUUCCAGCCGACAGCCCAGCUCCCAUACAGGCUGUCCACAAUUGCUGUGGAUGUGGGAAGGAAUUUAAGAAUGAGCAGUCCCUGGUGGCGCUGGACAAACACUGGCACCUGGGCUGUUUCAAGUGUAAGGUGUGCAACAAGGUGCUCAACGCGGAGUACAUCAGCAAGGACGGGAUCCCUUACUGUGAGGUGGAUUACCAUGCCAUGUACGGCAUCCAGUGUGAGAGCUGCAAGAAGUACAUCACUGGGAAAGUGCUGGAGGCCGGGGAGAAACACUACCACCCCUCGUGUGCCCGCUGCGCCAGAUGUGAGCAGAUGUUUGGUGAAGGAGAGGAGAUGUAUCUGCAAGGUAACUCCAUCUGGCACCCCCCCUGUAGACAGGCAGCCCGGCAGGAGGAGAAGAGUAAGAAGCAGGUCCGGAUACAGCUCAACGACAUCUCUGAGCAGCAGGUUCGUGAUGUGACCAGGACGUCCUCUGAGAGCAUCACCUCCGUUCCAGCCUCCAGCGCGUCCGGCUCCCCCAGCAGGGUGAUCUAUGCCAAACUAGGAGAUGAGACGCUGGACUACAAGGACCUGGCCGCCCUGCCGAAGAUCAAGGCCAUCUACAACAUCGACCGGCCCGACAUGCUUUCCUACUCUCCCUGUGUCAGCUACCCCUCAGAGGAGCGGCACUACGGCGAUUCACCCCAGUUGCUCUCUCCUACUCCAACAGAGGGUGAGGGAGAGAAGUCACCCCGACAGAGGAGGCCCUCCAGCCCCAGUUCCAACAGUUCCCUGGGGCGUUAUGGGGGCUACACUCCGUCCCGCUCACCCCAGAACUACAGCAGGCCAGAGGACCUUUACCCGUCCGACCAAGCCGUGGGUAAUAGAUAUGGCCGGGCCAUCGACUCCGGCUCCCCGACCCACACCCCAGCCUACACAGGGGGUCCUAAGCACCUGUCCUCCUUGGCUAGGGACCCCUCCGGCCUUCCCGUGCAUCACCCAGAGGGGCUGCCCCCCAAGUACCCCGGGGGGCUGCAGGUGCCGGUGGGUUUGGCACAGCCCGGUAGAAUCUCCCCCUGGGGGAGGGUGUCACCGGGAGGCCGGGUCUCCCCUCUGCCCCUCAACCCCACCACCCUGGCCAUGCUCCAGCAGCACAACUACGGGCCUUACAUCAGAGGUAGUGAAAGUGGUCGGAGUACCCCGAGCCUGUCCACGUAUUCCGAUGGGAAGUCUCCGUCCUCCACCUACGUGGCUGCCCCCAAGCAUUUCCACGUCCCAGAGACUAAGGUCAAGAUAGAUAAUAUCUAUAGAAAACCCCCUAUCUACAAACAGCAUGCCUCUAGGACUUCAUGGCAGGAAGGAGACGACAUCAAGACACGGACCAGCUGGAUGAUCUUGAAGAGUGAAAUAGACGGCCAGCCCCUCCCAGAAGACCUGCUGGAUCCUAGGAAAUCCACCUGCAGCCUGCCAACUGACGUCUCCCUGCCCAACUUCCCCUACAACAAGUCCGCUUCCCUGCCAGGCUAUGGGAGGAAUGGCAUAUACAAGGAUGCUGCCGACCAUCCUGACUAUGAGCCAGACCAACAGGACUCCCACAGCUGGGGAGGAAUGAGAGAGUACAAGGUGUAUCCCUAUGAGAUGCUGGCUGUAACCCACAGAGUGAGGGUGAAGCUACCCAGAGAUGUGGACCGCACCAGACUGGAGCGACACCUCUCCCCCGAGGACUUCCACCGUGUGUUUGGGAUGACCCUGGAGCAGUUUGACCGCAUGGCCCUGUGGAAAAAGAACGACAUGAAAAAGAAGGCACGCCUUUUCUAGAGCCAAGACCCUCUAGCCGGGGGGGAGGGAGAAAGAAGAGCCUCUCACAUCCGCAGUCUGGUCUAUCUGGAAGAAAGGAAGUCGGAGUGAGAAACAUCUGAAAUAGUCUAUAUAUGCAUCGCCCCUCUACAUUACUCCUGCAUCUAAUCAUCAGCCAGAAUGAGGAAGCUGUGGGGGGGGGGGCGUUGGUGGAAACGCUGUUGCAGACGUCUAACGUUGACCAUCAUCACCUAUAGCUUUUGUAUGCGAUGUGGUGUGAAUGUUACUUUGGUAACCUUUUGGGGGAGGCGUGGGGGGGGGGGGGGGUUUGCAUGGACUGUGACACCACUCCCCCUCCCCUCAGUGUGAAUUCUGCAUCCCCCCUCUCCUAUCCUUCGCAAAAAAAAAAAAAAGAGUAAUAGCAGCUUUUCUAAUAUACUGGUGCAGGCUUUUGUCUUUUUUCGUCGUCUGUUUUUCUCUCUGGUUUACAUGAACAUCUUAGGGCGGGUUUUUCCCACACACAAAUUAGGUUGAGAUAGAUUUUCUUUUUUUCCAGAACUAGGCUUAAGCUUUGUCCAAGAAACUGGCCCUUAAUGUUUAACUCCACUCGGAACAAUAUCUCUUGUAUUGCUGUAUUCAUAACUUUAUUCCCCUGUAUUCUCUCUGUCCUGCUCCCCUGCUUCUCUUAUCUCCUCUGAGGUCUCCCCCUUCCUUGUCGCUUCUCUUAUCUCAUUUUGUUUCUUUUUUAAAUGUAUUUUUCUAUCCUCCCUUUCCUGGCUGUAUCCUGUUCUAGCAUCUUAACUUACCACAUCACAUACUCCUAUCUGAACAGUAGACGGAUCAUUUUACAGCAGCUGGGGGUUACGGCUACUCAUAACACCGCAGCAUGACAAGGCCAAAGACAGCCAUAGGAAUCGACUCCAGUUUGAAGCUUUUUAGUCUCUCUUUUUCUUUAGAAACAUUCUGUUAUGUGGAUUUUUCCUCCUCAAAUCGGCCUCGUGGAAACGGAGCUCAAAUCCGGGUUGAAGAAGAGGUCUGCCUGUUCUUGGUGGAGAUUUUUUUUCUUAGGCUCUGCCGUGAUUUGUUGAUAGAGGUCUGUAUCUUAUACAAACCACUUGUGAAUCAGUGAAGAUAGGAGAGUUGGGUUUGGAUCCAGGCCAGUGGCAUGAAUCAUGGGUAAAAGCUUAACAAGAGGCACCAUUGCCUCCCACAGCAGAUAAAUACAGUAGAGUCUUGGGUGCCUGUUGUCAGAAAUUGCAUUGUUAGACAUGCUUGUGUACUGUACAUGCCCUCCCAUCACAAACGCAAAUUAUUUUUAUAAGCUAUUUUUGACAUCUGGAGUGAUAUACAGAUGUUUUGAUGGAUAAUGUCAGGUUUUCUUCGGAUGAAAGACAGAAAAGCCAGUUCUCUGUCUCCUUAACCACGACCUGUGGCAGCAUUGAGCCUGACUUAAGUUUUGCUUAACUAAUCAAUAAUGACGUGAUUGUGCUAGCUUUCUAUACUGUACCUUAUUUGAUAAUGUAUGGACAGUUUGCGGCGUUGAUUGUUUGUGAAUUAUUUGGCGUAACUGCCACGUAUCUUGUGGAAAUCCAUACGUUGGCUUUGCUUAGUUACUGGAAGUUCAACCAGUCAUUUAAUCGUAAGGGACAAACAGUACACAGAAUUCCUGAAAUAUAUCCGUCUAAGAGUUUGUUAUGCAAGCCCAGAUGUAGGACCUCGCAUUCAUAGGAGAUUGAGGUCUACUCCAUUGGUAAUGUGUAACAGUGCUUGUGAAAAUAUCUAUGUAUGGUUGGUUUAUCUCAAUAUUGAUUAUUUACGGUCUCUCAUUUCGGGCACUUGCUUUACGCACAAACAUACAGCAAAAAGACACAUUGAGCUGUGCUUACAGUUAAUAUUUAUUUGUUUAAUGUUGGGUGAGGAUGGUAAUACCUUCACAUUUUAGAUAGUUGAGGUUGAGUGGCAAAAGUAUGCUCAAUAAAAUAAAACCAGUCAAUCUGAAUUCAUAUCUCUUUUGACCUGAAUAAAUAUCAGCCUUCCUCAUUCUGUACCACACUAACUGUUAUCAUAAAAGCUAAUGUCCUCUGUCUGAUUUCUAAUGUAAAUCUCCAAUUAAAGUGCUUUAUUGGAAACCAAGGAGUCCA